UGCACCUUUUGCCUUUGUCCUUUGCCUGCCUUUCGCCUUUGCAGCCUUUCUGCUCGCCCCGGGUCGGUCGCGGUCUAGUGUGGGAGCGACGCCGCCCCCACUUCCUCUUCUUCCUCUUCCACCCUCUUCGGAUUCGAUCCCCUUCUUCUCCCACUCCCUGCUCUGCUGCGGCUCCCCACCCCUGUCCGCCUAUCCGCAAUGCUGCCAUCUUCCAGAUCAAGAUCUGGGCCGAAUGAGUCCCCCAUCAGCAGCAGGGCCAGGCCGAGCACGCCGUCCUCCGGCCACCGCCCCUCCACGCCGUCCUCCGGCUACCGCCCCUCCACCCCCGGCUCCCGGAGGAGCACCGCAGCCACCGGCACGCCGUCCACGCCGCGCUCGCGCAACGGCAGCGGCGGCGGCCCAUUCAGGUCCGAGCCCAACUCGCCUCCGUCGGCAGCGGCGGCCCGGCCUCGCCUCUCGUUCGACCGGUCCCCGAGAUCCGCCGACAACAAGCCCGUCGUCGAGCGCCGGGUGCCCAAGAUCGGCACCCCUCCUCCUGAUAAGCAGCCAAGGAGGGAGGCCGAGCUGCAGGCGCGGCUCGAAUCCGCGCAGGAGGACCUCAAGAAGGCCAAGGAUCAGCUGUCCUUCAUCGUCGGGGAGAAGGACCGUCUUGUCGGCGACCUGAAUGAGGCUAAGAGGGUGGCUGAUGAGAUACACGAGAAGCUCCAGGAUGCGCUCAUGGCCAAGAGGUGGGCCGAGGAGGCCACGGAGAUCGAGAAGUUCAGGGCGGAUGAGCUCGAGCAGGCAGGCAUCGACGAGGCGCAGAAGCGCGAGGAGGAGUGGCAGAGGGAGGUCGAGUGCGUGCGUGGCCAGCAUGCCGCCGAUUUGGAGACGCUGGUCACCACCACGGAGGAGCUGGAGAGGUUCAGGCGUGAGCUUGGGAUGGCCAAUGAGGCCAAGAAGGCCGCGCUUGGCCACGCAGACGAUGCAAUGAGGAUCGCUGAGGCCAACGCGGAGAAGGUGGAGAUCCUCUCCGGCGAAGUCUCCCGCUUGAAACGGUUGCUUGAUUCGAGUGCAGCAAGUGAGGAGAGUAAAAAUCAUGAAACUGAGGCGCUUGUUAGGAAUUUGGAAUCUGAUAUUUCAGUUCUGAAAAGCAAACUAGAGGAGGCAAGUGUUCUUGAGAUUAGGUUGGCCGAGAUGGAAAAAUUGACCGAGGAGCUUAAAUCACAGUUGGCUGAUGCGAAGAAAACCGAGUCGGAAGUCCAUCAGCAGUUUGAAGAAUGGAAGCACAAGGCAGGAUCACUUGAAAUGGAAUUGGAGGAAGUUACUCUCUCGGAGAAGUUCAAAAGCGAAUCUCUUAUCUCCACGACAGAAGAAUUGGACAAGACCCACUCUAUUUUGCAAGAUAGAGAAUCAGAAAUCGAAGUGCUGAAAGGAAAGACCACGGCCUUGGAAAUUGAGGUGGCAAGGCUUUCAGCAGAUAUCAACGAAUCCAACGAGCACUUGUAUGCUUCUCAGCAAGAGUUGUUUGGACUGCAGACAACAAUAGAUGUUCUGAAAAACAAGCUUGAUUCUGCAGAAGAAGUGGCUUCAGAGGCUUUAAACAAUGAGAAGACCGCUAAUGCAAAUAUUGAAAUCCUGACUGAGGAGAGAAUCAAGCUAAUAAGCGAGUUGAAGGAUGCUAGGGACAGAGAAGAGAAAGAGAGAAGGGCAGUAGAAGAUCUCACUGCUGCGUUGAGUGAGGCUUCUGACAAAGCAAAUGAAGAACAUCAGAGAUUUCUGAACAAAGAAGAUGAUUACGAGCAUGCACUCGCCCAGAUUGGUGAUUUGAAGAUGGCCUUAAAUAGUACCAAAGAGAAUUAUGAGCUAAUGCUUGAUGAGGCAAACUACGAUAUCACUUCCUUGAGGAAAACCGUCGGAGUAUUGGAGGCUGAGGUGAUCAAGUACAGAGAAGAAUGCGAAGCAAAGGAGCUUGACAUUGUCGAGUCAAGUAAGCAGUCGGAGGAAGAAAUUGCCUCUCUUAAAGUAGAAGCUGACAAGGUAGUAGCUUCACUGCGAGAUGCAGAACAUGAGCUCCAAACUGUCAAUGAUGAGAAAGAAAGGCUUCAAGAGAGGCUAAGUUACACAGAAUCAGCAGUUUCUGAAGCUAACAGCGCUGUGCAGGAGGUAAAGGCUGAGAAAGAGGCUCUUCAGGAGCAGCUAAUGAACACUGAAUCAUUGGUUGCUGAAGCCAAUAGGACUGUCCAGGAGGUAAGGGCUGAGAAAGAGGCUCUUCAAGAGCAGCUAAUGCACACUGAAUCAUCUGUUGCUGAAGUCAACAGGACUUUGGAGGAGGUAAAGGCUGAAAAAGAAGGUCUUCGACACAAACUGAUUGACACAGAAUCAGCGAUUGCUGAAGCCAACAAAGCUGUACAGGAAGCAACGUCCGAGAGUUUGCAGCUAAAGGAGAGGUUACUUGAUAAAGAGAACACAUUGCAGAGCAUAUCCCAGGAGAAUGAAGAAUUCAGAUUGCGAGAAGCUGACGCCAUGAAGAAGAUAGAUGAGUUGUCUGCUUUGCUUGCUGAAGCCAUGGUAAAGAAGCAUCCUGAGGAGGAAGAGAAGCUAGUGGUUGUCGAUGAGGCUCACCAUUCUGCGCGUGAAAAGUUUGCUGAUUUAUCUGCGGUAAUUGAAGAUUCAGAGUUAGAGAGUGAUAGAAAACCAAAGCUGGAACUCGACGCCGCCAAUGGGGAUUCCAAUGGGGACAUGACUCGAGAAGAGAAAGAUGACAGUAAGGCUGAACACGAGGAAGUGAAAGCUGACUUCUCCGCAGUACAGGAGAGCGACAAAGUUGUCGAGAAGCAGUCACAGACAGACAGGAAACAAGAAACCGAUUCCUCCAAAGAUGAACAAGACUCCAAGGAGGAUAGCAGCACCGAGCAUGCAAAUGGGACAGCAUCAGCAGAAGUCACCAGCAAAGUGGCAAUGUCUCCAACGACGAAACCGCAGCAGCAACAGAAGAAGAACAAGCCUCUUCUGAAGAAGUUUGGGAGCUUACUGAAAAAGAAAAACAGCAAGUAGCAGCAGGUGAACAGCAAUACAUUGUACUACUAUUGGUGUUUACUCUGAUUUUUUUUUUUUGGUUUGACAUCUAGUAGUGUGCUUAAUUUCAACGCGUAAUUUUUACGGUCAACACCUGUACUUGUGGUGAUUGCAGUACUUUGUGGGUGUAUCUUUUUUUUUAAGCCCUGUUCUUGCCCUAUGGCUGUGGUUAUUAUUAUCUACACGAUUUGUGGCCGUUUGUGUGUAACUGGAUGGAGUUCCUCCUGAUCAGAAUGGUUACUCAUUCCUGAAUGUAAACUGUGCAGCUCAUUCCGAGGAAUGACUACUAAUGUUACCAGUGA